GCAGUGAACGUUACAGUUCGUAAAGUAUGGCAUUUUCGAGGUAUUUCACUUCAAAGGAAUUAGAGGCGGCUAUGGAGGAGAUCGUGAUGGAUGAGGACAAUAACAAUGAAAGUCAACAUAUUGACGCGGUUUGUAUUACACCAGACGUGGAUACCUUGACUGACGAAGAAGAUAUGAACGAUAACAUAAAUCUACAAGAAUUUGGGGAACCAACUGAUAUAGUUGGAACUUUCGAGUUACGUACACCGAAUGAUACAGCUGUCCUUCAACAGUCCUGUAAUUCUUCAACUACUGAACCUGAAUGGGACUCAUCAGACGAUGAAACCCUGGAAUUCAAAAGAAGACGACAGCUUGCUUCUACUGUCAAAUGGAAGAAAGGUCAGAUUGAGUACACGCACACACCUAUAUCCGAUGAAUUUAAAUCAUAUGACGAAGUGAUUGAUUUGAUUUUAAAUUUUACAUUGCUUUGCGACUUUUAAAAACUGAUAAAACAAUUACUCAAAGAAAUCUUGCACCUGCCAUAGGUGAAGUGCGUUAUGAUAAUCAAGGUCACCUCAUGAUUGUUCAUGCUAAUAAAGCCCGAAGGAGAUGUAGAAUCUGCCACAGCCACACAAUUUACGUUUGUAAUAAGUGUAAUGUGCAUUUACAUACUUCAUGCUUUUUAAAAUAUCACCAAAAAUGACACCGGGUCUUACCAGUGGUGCGAUCACUCACCAUUAUGCGUUUUUUUGUAAUAAAUCAGGUUCUAUUUGGAAAACAAUCUACUUUUAGUUGUUUUCUGUCGAAUUUGAACUUUUUGUAUAUUUAUAUGUAAAUUAUAUGUUACAUCUUAUGUGCCCCAAAACAUUAUUUAAUGUUUUUUUCCCAGUGGUCCGUUUACGCACCAGUAUUUUUUUGUAUGUUUCGAGUUUUUUUCGGCACAUGUAAUGUAUUCUUUAGUGCAACA